GAAGUUUGAGUCGAGCACCAAAAAAUUGAGCACCCACCUAUCCAUGUAUAUUAGAUUUUCCUAAAAUUUUGUCUCGUAUGUUUAGAAGUAUUUACACAAAAACCAAGAAUCUCGUUUCAAUGAACCCCAAGACGUGAAUGUGAAUAAUCUGCUUUAAAUGACUCCGGCCGCAAUGGAUCUACAAGCACAGGAAUAUUUGAAACAGAAAAACUGGGUGCAAGCAAUAGACAUCUACAAUAAAUUACUGGCAAAUAAGCAUAACACAAUUGAACAAGUCAUAUCCUAUUUAACCGAUCGAGCAGAAUGCUUUCUAGAACUACAGAAUCACCACUGUGUGGUGGUUGACUCGAAGAAUGUCAUAAAAUUAUCAACUGAUCAUAAUAGCUAUAGUGCUUGUCUGGCAAGAAAAAGACUGAUUCACUCCUUGUAUUCAUUGAAGAGAUAUGCAGAGGCAGAUAUGGCUGCAAGGGAUUGGUUAAUCAACCUACAAGAGUUAGAUAUAAGUAAAGAUAUAAAACCUCUCCUAGAAAGUCUUCUUGGGAAUUACAUAAAUGCUACAAAUACCAAACAGAAAACUAUUAACCUCCUAAAGAUUCUAGAUACCAACUUUUCGGCUUAUACUACUGCAAAACUGGACAGACCUCCCUCUUUAGUAUCUUGUAUUUACUGUAAUGUUUCCUUUGUUGACAAGUCUGAAUUAAGGGCCCAUUGUCAGACUGAGACACAUGAGAUGAUGAUAAUGUCUGAUGAUGGAAGAGACUGGUUCUGGAGACCCCCGCCUAGAGGAUUCAAGUUUGAUGAUUAUUUGUUGUGUGAUAACUGGAAGGAAACAGCAAGCUGUCGUUAUGGAACACAGUGUGUACAAGCUCAUGGUGAGGAAGAACUUGCAGAAUGGAAAGAAAGGUUUCGCUAUAGGGAGAUGAAAAUACAGAGGGCUCGAGAAAAGGAACUAUUUGGCAAAUCCUAUACAGAGGAAUUGUUAGAAAAAUGGUCCCAGUCUUCGACACCCACCAACAUGAUGCACGACAAAAUAGAAUAUGUGGAAGAUCACUGUUCUUGUUCUCUAGCAGUGACAGUGUCUUCUAAAAAUAGUCACCAUGAGUGGACGUUCUCGUUGAAAACGAUGAAACAUCUGAAAGCGGUCGCUCUCCUUCAGGAUACGCAUCGCACGCACUUUUUCAUUGACAGUAUUUUCGUGAAAAACUGUAAGAUGGAUCUGAAAAAUGACCAGGAAUGGAUAUCUCCACUGAUGUACCCGGAGUCAGCACAACCAGUUGAAUAUAAGAUUACUGUCGUCUUUGCAACUGGCAUUUUUGGAACUUUUAGGCAAUCUAUAAUUUUCGACUUUUCGUCUGAGCCUCUGCUGGUGAAACACCUAUGUGUGGAUGUUGUUCCUGAUACAGAUCUAGAGAAAAUAAAUGAGAUUAGAAAAGAGAUUACACUUUCGAUUUCGGAAAGGUGGACAGUUCAUAAUUCCGAUAUUGUUGUGUUCCACUCCAUGUUAGUUAGUACUAGUAGUAACGAAGAAUGGGAAAAAAGACUAAGGUCAAUGUACCCCUGUCCACAAGCUGAUACAUUCUUACUGUCUCAUGCUACAGUAGCUGAACGAAGAUUUACAAAAAAUAAUUAUAGAGAAAGGAUGCACGAGUUACUAUUUAUUGAAGAAAUGUCGAGGUAUGAUCUAAUUGCCCAAUAUAAUUUGACAACAAGACUUCAAAUAGCUCACAGUUAUAUAUUAUCGCCAAACAGUAUGGCAGCAAGCACGGCGAAAUAUUCGAGUAAUGGAGAACUAUUUGCUUCAGUUAGUCUAGGAAAAGAGCUGUCGGAGGAUACGUCCGAAGGUAAACUCAUUUUAAUGCAUUGCAACAGCGUCUACCUAUGCCCCGCGGCCCCCCAAACGGGCAGAAGAAAAGUCUAUGAAGCCCUGAUCGAGGAUAAAGGCAAAAACACAAUCUACCUACGCCUAUCCUCUCAAACCGUACAAGAACUGCGUUUGACCCCCGACUCAGGCCUUCAAGUAGAGAUUCAGUUUCAACUGAACAGGAUCCCGUACUGCGAGUGGCACUACACUCUGGACAAAAUGACCAGUUUCAAGAUGAUUUUCCCAGAGACUUAUCUUGAGCCGAGUAUACCUUGGUCGCCGUCUAGGCAAUGGAGCAGGACCUUGGAUAGCAGGCUGAAUAUUAAGCAGAAAGAAGCGGUGGUUGCUAUUACUACGCCUUUGUGUAUCAACCUGCCUCCUAUAUUGGUCAUAGGUCCUUUUGGAACUGGCAAGACCUUCACUCUGGCCCAAGCGAUCAGAGAGUUGAUCAAAGAGCCGACCAAUAGGAUACUGUUAUGUACGCAUUCGAACAGCGCUGCCGAUUUGUACAUCAAAGAUUACUUGGAUCAGUGGGUGGAAAACGGCGAGGAAAAUGCACGACCUUUGAGGAUAUACUACACGAAACGAUGGGUGACAACAGUCAGUCCUGUUGUACAAAAGUAUUGUCUGAUAAAAAACAAUGGCAGUCACCGUAGUUUCGAAAUUCCAACGCUAGACGACAUAAUGAAGCAUCGAAUAGUAGUGGUGACACUAUCAACGUCAGUUUACCUGUCCGCUAUGGGUCUGCCUCAAGGUUUCUUCACGCACAUCCUGUUGGAUGAAGCGGCACAAGCCAUCGAGUGCGAGACUGUCACGCCGCUUGCUGUGGCCCAUGAGAAUACUAGGAUAGUAUUGGCUGGUGACCACAUGCAGUUAGGCCCUGAUAUAUUUUCGGAGUUCGCAAAAGAACGCAACCUACAUAUAUCCCUUUUAGAAAGACUGUAUGAUCACUACCCAACACCGUUUCCCUGCAAGAUACUCCUAUGCGAGAAUUACAGAGCACACGAAAGCAUCAUCCAUUUCACAUCAGAGUCAUUCUAUGACCAGAAGCUGAUUUCUAGCAGCAAGCAACCGACGCAUGCCAAGUUCUAUCCUCUGACUUUUUUCACAACAAGGGGGGAAGACGUUCAAGAUAAAAACUCCACCGCAUUUUACAACAACUCCGAAGUAUACGAAGUAGUGGAGAGAGUUGCAGAGUUGAAGAGGAGUUGGCCCACGGAGUGGGGAGCUUACAACGAUCAGUCAAUUGGCGUUGUAACUCCUUAUUCAGACCAAGUGUUUAGGAUACGAUCAGAACUAAGGAAACGGAGAAUAGACAAUGUUUGCGUCGAACGAGUUCUAAAUGUACAAGGUAAACAGUUCCGAGCGAUAAUCCUGUCGACAGUACGGACGAGGAAGACUUGCAGUAACGAAGCGGGUGGUGGAGAAGUAGACUACGGUUUUCUCUCGAACUCAAAACUGUUGAACACGGCGAUUACGAGAGCACAGAGUUUAGUCGCUGUUGUAGGAGAUCCCAUAGCGUUGUGUUCGCUGGGCAGAUGCAGUAAAGUGUGGGAGAGGUUCGUACAGAUUUGUAAUGAUAAUGAAAGUUUGUUUGGAAUCACAUGGACACAACUCAAGCUGCAAUUGGACGGCAUCGAGAUGAAGAAAAUUUACACCCUCAACCCCCUAGCGCCUGAGUUCAUUCCUAGGAAAUACAAAGAAAUGAGCAACCACCUACCACCGGUUGCCGUGAUGAAGGAGCCUCCCGCACCUGUCAACAAGGUCGUGGUUAACGUCACCAAAGACCUGCCGGUGACGCUGCCCGCCGCCCAGAUGGCGCCACCUCCGCCGCCGCCUCAAGUCGUGUCUUCCUUCCCGCUUCAGGAUCUGCGUUACUUCCCGCCGUUGAUAUAUUCGCAGCAACCUCGCCCGUUCCUGUUCAAUAUAGUUCCUCCGCCUCCACCUGGUGUGGCACAACUGCCACCUCCUCCUCAACAACAGCCUCAAUUGACGAACGGUUACGGCGCAGCCGCAGCGGCUGCCGCUGCCAUUAGGGUGGUGAACCAAGCGAUGGCGGCUGCUGCAGUGGCAAAUGCGCAGCAUCCUAGGCCUCAACCCUGUCAAGGGGUGGCAACGGGUAACAUGAACAAGACUAUGGUGCAACAAGCUGCAGCAAUGAUGGCAGCGCUGAAUGAAGCCCAAGCAGCACACAACAAAUCGCAUCAUUCACUAAUGAAUCAGACUAACAAUAACAAGUUGAUCCAGUUCAUGAACAACGUCCACUUCCCCGAAGCCCACGUGUUGAACGAUUGUAUCAACCUGUUGCCUCAGAACAUGUCGCUGGCUGAUAUGUUGCUACAACCUGCCGAGUUGCAAGAGAGGUGGUACAACUAUCUCAAAGAGACUAUAGGUAUGUCUAAAACAUCAAGAUAGCAUCUAGAGAGGCGCUAUUAGAAUCUCUUUCGGCUAUACAAAACGGCGUCAGGGGGCGGAGCCAAAGAAGAAACAUUUGUAUCAUAUUGACAGGCGGAAAUCGGGCGAAAUAUUGAGGAGUCAAAUGUCGUACUAUGAAGACUGGAAACAGGAGAGUAAAAUCAUAGAGUGAGGGUGACAGCAGAAGUGUUGAGAAUGAAGGUCUAGAAGCAGCGGAAAAAUUCAAAUACCUUCUCCACACAACAAACCAAAAAGGUAUGAAGAUCCCAGACAAAAACAUCUUCGAGAGAACCACCACGCCUCAAUCCUGCGAAUCCCCUACCUUCAGCUGGUAUGACAGCCCUACCAACCAAAUCAACUUCAACAAACCAGUGUACAUGACUGAGAACGAGCACGUUCUCAACAAUGGUUUCACUGGAAAGCCGAUUCAGCAUUUUCCGCACUUUGGCAACGGCUUGGAGUUCAGUAUGACAGAAGAUGAGUUGCAGAGGCAUAUUAAUGAAGAAUUUGCGAAUUUGAAUAUACAAAGUACGGACGUGAAUGAAGUAUUUAAAGCAUUUACUGUUAAAAAUGAAUCUCAUCCUGUGUUAAAUAGUAGUGGAACUGGUCCCAAGUUCUACAAAUACUUUCACUAGGUUAUUUAAUUGUAUUUGAAUGUAAAUUGUAUAUAACUUGUAUUAUAGUAUGUUGUUGUUUAGUAUGUAGAUUUUAUGUAUUUGCUUUUUUUUUACUAUAUUUAUAAUCCAACUUUGUAUGUACUUAAGUUGAAACAAAGUAAAUACACUAAGUGCUGUGUACUGAUUAAACACUUUAUUUUUUCUUUAAACAUUUAAG